GAUUUUAGCAACCCAUACUAUGACGUCAUAAAGGAAGACGCCACCAUUGUUGACAGAUCCAAGUAAUAAGUCACCUGCCGUUGUUUACAUUGCUUUCAUCGACUGCUCAACUUUUAAGGAAGAUGAAAUUCAAGUUCAGAGAAGAGCAUACAUUUGAGCAAAGAAGUGCAGAAUCAACAAAGAUUAGAGACAAAUAUCCAGAUAGAAUUCCUGUUAUUGUGGAGAAAGACCCCAAGUCACAAAUUCAGGACAUAGAUAAGCGCAAGUUCUUGGUUCCCAAUGAUAUCACAGUGGCCCAGUUUAUGUGGAUUAUUAGGAGGAGGAUACAGCUCCCAUCAGAGAAAGCCAUAUUCCUGUUUGUAGGGAAAGUCUUACCACAGUCAAGUGCAAGUAUGGGACAGGUAUAUGGAGAACACAAGGAUGAAGAUGGUUUUCUCUACAUUGCAUACAGUGGAGAGAAUACAUUUGGAAUGUGAACUUGUGAAAAAUAUCAGCAAACUCUUUCAUCAUGACAAUGUUUCUACCUAAUUUUAUGUUUCAUCGCAUUAUCCAUUAUAUCAAUUUCAAAAAGAAAAAAGUGGAUUUUUAGUUUUAGUAAUAGAUAAUUGUGUCAGUCAUAUCAGUUGCUCAAAAGGAUUCAGGUUAUGGUUUCUGAAUGCAGUUUUUAGAAGUUGAUUUGGUUGUUAAGUUUUAAAGCUUAAACUUGCAAUAUUUCUUAAAUCAAAAAAUGUACAGUUAACAUUUUAGGUAACAUUCAGUAAUUUUAUAAAAAGAUAUCAUUGAUGGGAAUUACUGAUUUCUAUCAUCCAAUCAUUAUGGAUUUGUCUUUGUAUUAUUUAUUGAUACAUGUACAUGGCUGUAUUUUGAAUUUUGUUUACAUUUGCAAGGCAUCUUUGCCAUACAGUUCAAUCAGAUUACAAAAUAAUGUUUUUGUGUUUAGUUCUGUUAGAAUAUAGUUGUGUUUAGUUGAUUUUCAUACAGUAUUCACAUUAACAUUAAGGGCAUACCGAGCAUACUAAAUUUUGAAUAUUGCAUUGUCAAAAGUUUAAAAUUAUGUAAAAUUUGGGAAUGUUUGUAUAAUUUUGUAGGGGGGGAGGGGGGGGGAUGAACUUUUUAAGUUUAGAAUAUUCAAGAUUAAGGUAAAGUUUAGAAGCAUCACAAUGAAAAUAACAUGCUCAAUAAAUAUGAUCGGAAAUAUGUGUAUUUUUAAAAAAAUAGAUCCAGAUCUCAAAAUCAAGCUAAUUUAGAUCUAAUUUUCAAGUCUUUGUUAGUUUGCUUUUCUGGUCAGGCCAGCAUUUAUUUUUUUUCUUUCCAAGUUAUGUCUGUGAUAUACAUGUAUGUAGGGCCUACUGUAACAUUAAUACUGAAACACAGAUAUAGCGUAAUGUAAAACCUUCAAACCAUCAGGAUUUUUUUUUUCUUUAAGUAUGUGUUAUGAGUCAAUAUGUCUUCUUAAUAAAAUAUGUUUGCUAAAUGUUUAGAAAACAGAUUCUGUGGAAAGUUUCUUUGAUUUAAACAGUUGUUUCAAAAUCAACAUCUUGUUGAAUUGCAAAAAGCUAGCUCAUUGUUUAUUCAUUUUUGAAAUAGUUUUCUUCAUGAUUGUGUAAUUUUUCAAAGCUAUCAAUAUUACAACACAGGAAAUGUAAAAAUUUUGAUAUUUAGCAUAAUGUAUUUUAUGCAUGAUAAAAUGAGCAAAUAAAAAUUAAUAAUAAAAAAAA